CGUUUUACUAUUGAAGUUUCCUCUCUAUAUUACUCGUUCAAUCAUUUAUCCCGGUGCAUGACAGUUGUUUUCUGAAAAUUCACCAUAGGUGUGAAGUUAUUUUACAACCUUACAUUAUUUGUUAAUUGUGCAUUAUUGAACAAUGUUCCGUAAUCAGUACGACAGCGAUGUAACUGUAUGGAGUCCACAAGGACGUUUACAUCAAGUUGAAUAUGCAAUGGAGGCUGUAAAAUUGGGAUCAGCCACUGUUGGACUUAAAAAUAAAACGCAUGCUGUUCUUAUUGCAUUGAAACGAGCUUCUUCUGAACUUUCAGCUCAUCAGAAGAAAAUUAUUCCUAUAGACAAACACAUGGGAAUUUCUAUUUCAGGUUUAACUGCUGAUGCGAGAAUGUUAAGUCGAUAUAUGCGAACUGAAUGUUUAAACUAUAAAUAUUCUCAUGAUGAUGUUUUACCUGUAAGUCGGUUAAUGACAUCAUUAGGAAAUAAAUUACAAACUAGUACUCAAAGAUACGAUAGAAGACCAUACGGUGUUGGUUUAGUAAUAGGUGGAUAUGAUGAUCAAGGACCUCAUAUUUAUCAAACUUGUCCUUCAUCAAAUUAUUUUGAUUGCAAAGCAAUGGCUAUUGGAGCACGUUCUCAAAGUGCUAGAACAUAUUUAGAAAAACAUUUAAAUGAAUUCAUGUCAUGUGAUCUUGAUGAACUUGUAAAGCAUGGUCUUCGUGCUUUAAGAGAUACAUUGCCUAAUGAAGUUGAUUUAUCAAUUAAAAAUGUCUCCAUUGCCGUAGUCGGAAAGAAUACAGAUUUUACAGUAUUUGACGAGGAUACGACCUCUACCUAUCUAUCUCAAAUUGAAGACGACAAACGUGGAAGACCUACCGAACCAGAUGCGGAACAGGAUUCAAGACCUCCACAACCACCACCAUCCGAUGAAGGUCCACAAGAUCCUCAAGUUGCAGUUGCAAUGGAUACAGAUUAAAAAUACUGUAACAUAAUUUAUGUAUACAUAAAAAAAAUGCAUUUUAUGUUUAAAAUGUAUAUCUUUACUAUAUUACUAUCACUUUCAAUACAACAGAAUUUAUUACUGAGUCA